CCCCCUUCUACUACCUGCCUCCGUCUCUUUCUCUCUCUCACCCGCAUACACAUACACACACGUACCUACCUUCGUACAUCGUACAUCCUCAGGCGCGUCACCCCGUCUACCGGACCUCACCACUUGGGCUCUUCUUUACCUCCUCUCUCUCUCCCUCUCUCUCCCUCAAGUUUAUCUACAAUUAUCGCCAGUCGUUGAACCCUCAAGACCACGGCCUGUCCGCCAACAACCGCAUCUCAGCACACCUCAGUCGCUCUUCAUCAAUUGCUGGUCCCAGCCGCCCCCCAGCUUUCCUCCCCAGCACCCGGCCCAUUGUUUCGCCCGGAAUCGUCUCCGCAUCCAGCGCACCCACCUCCCCUCUCCUCGUCCUGCUCCUGUUGCUGUUACCCACGUCGCCGAUCCGUCCGCGGGGCACCAAAGUUGCCUCCUACAACCCAGGCAAAUGAUACCGAAAACCAUGAUAUCCAACGAAGUAUACCUCCUCCCCCUCAACGACGACGGCUCGCCCCAGGUCGCCGGCGAAUACGUCUACAUCGCCCCAAAAACCAACGAUCCCGUAACGAUCCGCUUCGCCAUCGAGGGCACCUCGUCCGUCUGUCGCCAUGGCAGCCUGUGGGUCAACAUUCCAGAGCAGGGCGCCGAGUUCCACAGACAUGAAUUUCGCGAGUUCAAGUUGAAACCCGACUUCAAUCGCACCAUUGAAAUCUCCGUUCCCAUCUUCCAGGCCGGCGCCUACGCCUUCUACACCACCUAUGCCGAGUUGCCAGACCUCGCCGAAGAGCUCGACGCCACCCCUCAGUCCACCACAUCCGCAGUUACCAACAAGAAGACGCCCCUCUACUACAUCGAUGUCGCCCCGCGCCUCAGCCUCGACGGCCGCCCUCUGCCGCUGCCCGCUCUGUCCAUCUUUUCUGUCAUUAGCAAGUUCAUGGGCAAGUACCCGACCGACUGGGAGAAGCACCUGCGCGGCAUCAGCGACCGCGGCUACAACAUGAUCCAUUUCACCCCGCUGCAGGUCCGCGGCGCCUCCAACUCCCCCUAUAGCCUGUACGACCAGUUGGGCUGGGACCCAGACUGCUUCCCCGCCGGCGAGAAAGACGUCCGGGGCCUCGUCGAGAGCCUGGAGAAGCAGUACUCCAUGCUGAGUUUGACCGACAUCGUCCUCAACCACACAGCCCACAACAGCGCCUGGCUGCAGGACCACCCCGAGGCCGGAUACAACCUGGUGACGGCCCCUUGGCUGGAGUCGGCCUGGCUGUUAGACACGAAGCUGCUGGAGCUCAGUGACAACCUCGAGAAGCUCGGUCUUCCCACCGAGGUGAAGAGCGACGAGGACCUGAUCAAGCUCAUGGACGCUAUCAAGAAGCACGUCAUUUCAGAAAUUCGCCUGUGGGAAUACUACGCCAUUGAUGUUGAGCGCGACGUCGAUGCCGCCUUGGAAGCUUGGGUUGCUGGCCGUGCCACCUCGCCCGAGGACGCCGCCGGUGGCGCAUCUGUUGCUGGCCUCAAGGACGCCUCCCAGAAGGACCAUGCCCAAUUCCUCAUCGAACACGGUCUGCAGGGCGCCGACCGCAUGGGUGAGCGAUUCCGGAAGACGGUCGAUCCCAAGGCCGCCUCUGGCCUCCUCUCGGUCAUUUUCGGACGCUACGAGGGCGAGGAGGGCUCCACGCCAACCAAAGCAGCGGCCAGGUCCAAGCUCGUCUCCCUCUUUGACGAAAUCAAUUUGCCUUUCUACAAGGAGUACGAUACCGAGAUUGGCGAGAUCCUGCAGCAGCUGUUCAACCGCAUCAAAUAUUGCCGACUCGACGAGCAUGGCCCGCGCAUGGGUCCCAUUAACAAGGAAUUCCCUCUCAUCGAGACCUAUUUCACCCGCUUGCCCAAGAACGACACGACCGCCAAGAACAAGCCCGAGGAGAACGUCCUCGUGAACAACGGCUGGGUCUGGGGUGGCAAUGCCCUCAUUGAUCAUGCUGGUCCUGAGUCUCGUGUUUACCUCAGACGCGAAGUCAUUGUUUGGGGAGACUGCGUUAAACUCCGCUACGGCAACGGUCCGUCCGACAGCCAGUUCCUAUGGGACUAUAUGACCAAGUAUGCUCGUAUGCUGGCCAAGUACUUCGCCGGCUUCCGCAUCGACAAUUGCCACUCCACCCCGCUCCAUGUGGCCGAGCACAUUCUCGACGAGGCGCGCCGCGUCCGCCCGGAUUUGUACGUCGUCGCCGAGCUUUUCACUGGCUCUGAGGAGAUGGACUACGUCUUCGUCAAGAGGCUGGGCCUGAGCGCGUUGAUCCGCGAAGCCAUGCAGGCCUGGAGCACCGGCGAGCUGAGCCGCUUGGUCCACAAACACGGCGGUCGCCCCAUUGGCAGCUUCGAGGUUGACGAAAUCUCCAAGGCCGACUCCAAGUCGCCCAUGAGCCCCAUGAGCCCGUCUGUCGAAGGCGGCGAUAUGCUCAACGGAAGCAGCCCGUCUUCGCGCGAGAUCAUCCGGAGGAUCAAGCCGGUGCCCGUCCAAGCGCUCUUUAUGGACUGUACCCACGACAACGAGACCCCGGCUCAGAAGCGCGAUGCGCGCGACACCCUCCCUAACGCCGCUCUCGUCAACAUGUGCGCUAGUGCCACCGGCAGUGUCAUGGGCUACGACGAGAUCUACCCCAAACUAGUGGACCUCGUUAACGAGACCAGACUGUACACCUCCGAGUCCUCUUCCAAGCCGGUCAAGGUCGGCGGUGGCCGAAACGGCAUAGGCGGCAUCAAGAAGCUCCUGAACCAGAUCCAUACCCUGAUGGGCAAGGAUGGAUACGACGAAACUCAUAUUCACCACGAGGAUCAGUACAUCACUGUCCACAGGGUCCACCCCGAGUCACGAAAGGGCUACUUCCUCAUCGCACACACCGCCUUCCCUGGCUACGGUAACGGCAACGGUGCUUUCAACGCUGUUCAUCUGGGCGGCACAAAAGCUCGCCAUCUUGGCAGCUGGAUGUUGGAGGUUGACGCCGGCGACGAGGCCAGGAAGGAUGUCCUGGAUGACAAGAAGCUCCUGCGCGGCUUGCCGAGCCGUGUCGUCGACGUCCCGGGUGUUCGUAUGGAGGUCAAGGGUGACGAUACCAUCAUUACCGUCCGCGACAAGUUCCCCCCCGGCAGCAUCGCUCUUUUCGAGACGUGGAUCCCGGCUGCCGAGCACUCGUCGGGACUGGACAACUAUGUCACCUCAGGCGCGAGGUCCGCGGUGGAGAACCUGAACCUUGUCGACCUCAAUUUCCUGCUUUACCGAUGCGAGGCCGAGGAGCGCGACGGUAGCGGCGGCAAGGACGGCUGCUACGACAUUCCUGGGCACGGCAAGCUCGUCUAUGCUGGUCUUCAGGGGUGGUGGAGUCUUCUCAAGGACAUCAUCCGCGACAACAACCUCGCCCACCCUCUGUGCCAGAACCUCCGCGACGGUCAGUGGGCCCUCGACUACAUUGUUGGCCGGCUGGAGCGCAUUAGCAAAACUGCCGACUUUGACCGUCUUGAGAAGCCUGCUGUCUGGUUGAAGGAGCGCUUCGAUGCCAUCCGGAAGAUUCCCAGCUUUUUGCUGCCGAGAUACUUUGGCCUCGUGUUGCGAACACUGUACAACGCCUCGUGGGAGCGCGGUCUCGGACUCAUGAACGAUAAUGUUCGCGAAGGGCAGUGGUUCCUCCAGAGCCUUGCAAUGGUCAGCGUACAAGAGACCGGUCUGGUAAAGUCUGCGUCCCUGUGGCCGAAGAAGCUGGUGCCUUCGCUGGCGGCCGGCCUGCCUCACUUUGCUGUCGAGUGGGCGAGGUGUUGGGGACGAGACGUUUUCAUUUCACUCCGGGGUCUCUACCUGGGCACCGGCCGCUUCGACGAGGCCAAGGAGCACAUCCUUGCCUUCGCCAGCGUCUUGAAACAUGGCAUGAUUCCCAACUUGCUUAGCAGCGGAUCGCUCCCUCGUUACAACUCUCGCGACUCCAUCUGGUUCUUCCUCCAGUGCAUUCAGGACUACACCAAGUUUGCCCCCAACGGACUGGAUCUCUUCAAGGAGAAGGUCAAGCGACGGUUCCUUCCCUACGACGACACCUGGUUCGAUGUCGAGGACUCCCGUGCCUACUCGCAGGAGAGCACGAUCGAGGACGUCGUCCAGGAGGCUCUCCAGAGACACGCCUCGGGCAUGUCUUUCCGUGAGGCCAACGCUGGCCCGUCGAUCGACUCCCAGAUGAGCGACGAGGGUUUCAACAUAUCCAUCAAGCCUGAUUGGGAGACCGGUAUCAUCUUUGGCGGUAACCAGCACAACUGCGGUACGUGGAUGGACAAGAUGGGCGAGAGCGAACGCGCCGGUUCCAAGGGCGUUCCCGGCACACCCCGCGACGGCGCUGCCAUCGAGAUCACAGGUCUCCUGUACAGCACCCUCAAGUGGCUGGCUUCCCUCAACUCGGAGGGCAAGUACCAGUACUCCUCAGUGAAGAAGGCGGACGACUCCUCCAUAUCCCUCAAGGACUGGGCCGGCCUCAUCCGCGCAAACUUUGAGCAUUGCUACUACGUUCCUCUGACCCCCGAGGAGGACUCCAAGUACGAUGUCAACCCCAAGGUCAUCAACCGACGUGGCAUCUACAAGGACCUGUACAAAUCUGGCAAGGAGUACGAGGAUUAUCAGUUGCGCGCCAACUUCCCCAUCGCCAUGUGCGCGGCCCCCGAGCUCUUCGAUCCCGAGCAUGCUCUGCACGCCCUCUUGGUCGCCGACAAGACCAUCCGCGGCCCUACGGGCAUGGCAACUCUAGACCCUGCGGACCUCAACUACAGACCGUACUACCGCAACAGCGAGGACAGCGACGACUUCGCCACGAGCAAGGGACGCAACUACCACCAGGGUCCGGAGUGGUUGUGGCCGACGGGCUUCUUCCUCCGUGCCCUGCUGAAGUUCGAUCUCGCGAGGAGGGGAUCCGAGGCCGGACGUAUCGAAGCCUUCCAGCAGGUCACGCGGAGAUUGAUGGGCUGCAAGCAGAUGAUCCGGGAGAGUGUAUGGGCAGGGUUGGCCGAGCUCACGCAGAAGGAUGGCGAGGACUGCCCCGACUCGUGCCCCACGCAAGCAUGGUCCGCUGGCUGCUUGAUCGACUUGUACAUGGAUGCUGCCGAAGAGCAGAGUGACAAAGCCAAGAUUGCCUUACCUGUAAGGACCAAGUAAACGAUUCGUCGUCGUCAAAACUAAUAGCUCCCACUGGGUAACGUGUUCAGGAUGGUGAGACGGUUUGAGAGUUUCAAAAAGGGGGAUGCAGAGAAGAAGGCAUGGAACAGGCGAAAAGCCGAGUAAAGUCAUUGAUUCACCUUUUUGGACGAGGGAUACGGCUGGGGGUUUCAGAUGGUAUAUAGAUAUAAGGCAUUAAUAAUAACC